AUGGGGCUAGGUAAUAUCAAGAUCAAGAUGCAUGAUGGAGUGGUCCGAACUUUGACGAAAGUGAGGCACGUUCCCGACUUGUGGAAGAAUCUUAUCUUAGUUGGUGCAUUGGGCUCUGGUGGUUGCAGGAUUGUUAUAGAGAACGGAGUGAAGAGGGUUGUUCGGGGUUCUCUUGUAGUAAUGAAGAGCGUUCUUCAUAGUAAUUUAUAUACUCUCUCAGGUACGACGGUGACGGGAGAUGCAACUGUUGGAACUGAAGGAAGUGGUGCAGACCCAUAUUCUACUUCCACUCAGGCUUUAAAGAAGCCCGGUUUCCUGUUCGGGGAUCACACGGAGGAUCCUGCUACGUUGACUCUUACUGAGGAGCAUUGGCUGAAUCUUCAUGAGGGAGCUCUCCUGUAUAUUCCCUCCAUUCCUCGUCAAUAUUCUUUCACCCAUUUGGAGGGACAGGCCGUGGAGCGACAUAUGUCUUGGCCUCUUACCUAUGAUGCUGAGCGAGUUCAGUGUGGAUAUACCUCUCAUCAUAAGAUUCCUGGUUCUACUGGGUAUCAUGAUAUCCGCGGUCUUCGACCAGGGAUUAUGGGUCUUGACACUGCACCCCCAGGCGAGGUAUCAGCAGCUGCUCCUACUGUGAAGAAUCGUCUGGCUCAUCUUGGGAGAAGGUUACCUCCACCAGAUUACAGAUGCUAUGGUUGGGCUUUCUCACAAGCCAAGGGAUGGUGGACACGCAUGACCAGUUACGUCUUGGGGCGCUGGGAGAAGGAUUUGAAGAGCAGAGGAUUGUAUGCACCUAUACGGGCCACCAUGUACGGACUUCCGGUCAGCUGCCGCCAUUUCUUGGCGUUGUUGGAGACAUACAUGCCCGACAGUAACACGUUCAUGACCAGCGGCGGAGAGUUAGGGUUGGCCUUACAUGAGAUGUAUCAGGUUUCUGGUCUUCCAAUGGGGGAUUGUCCAUAUCAGGAGUACUUUCCCUCGAACCAGCAGUUGGGGUGGUUGAAGAAGGAUACUCCCGACAUGCAUGAUACUCUUUGGGACAUCACUUGUCAUUAUUAUACCUCCUUGAUCAAGAUUUCUCCUCCAGCGAAGAAGAAAAGGCAAAUCAGCUUGAAACAGUUUGCUGUCUAUCUGUUCCCUAAUUUGGAGGGUGACUCCGGCGAGCCCCUUCGUGAGUUAGAUGUCCUGACCCCUACCGCCAUUAAUGAGUUGAUGGAGAAGGCUGAGGCUCAUUCUUACACCAUUGCCCGUGCUGAGGGAGCUUUUCCUGCAGGAACCAAGUUUCGUUCGUUCCUCCGCCGUGCACAGAAGUCCAUCGAGCCCCGGACUCUGCUAGCAGGCUACAUUGCCCUCUGGUUGAAGAAGUGUGUUGUUCCGUACCGGUCUUUAGACGCCUUACCUCUCGAGGUGCUCUUCCCCGCAGUUCAGCUAGCUUAUGGGAGGGAGCUUUCACUGCUCCCAGCGAUGGUUGCCGGCAUCCAUUGCGGGCUUAGGUAUCUGGUCAGUGGUUUUACACGGCUGUUGGAGAGGAGCAGAUGGCUCGGGAAGAAAUUCGGCGAUGCACAACGAGAGCUUCAAAACUAA